GAACGACCGCGUCUGCAGCCCCGCAGAAGGGCAACUGCCCCGCCACCCCCAUUGCCGAGGGUGGGAAUCAGGCCCUGCGGCCCCCGUCCCGUCCCUGGAUCAAAAGGAGUCGCUGGAGGUUCAGCGAAAGGAGCCGGAGAAGCGGCGAGCGGAGCCGCGCGUUCCAUUUGCAGGCGCCUUCGAAGGGGCGGGCAGAGACGCGGCUGCUUCGCCUGGAGAUGAGACUAGCCAGACCCUGAGAGGGCGACCACCGGCGCCUCGGGGCGGGGAGCGGGGUCGCAGUCGUCCUCUGUUUGUGUGCUGCUUUCCUUUUGCGUAAGGAGGCGACGCCUGGGCACCAGUCGAGAAACCGGGGGAGAAGGGGGCGCCUCCUCCUGGUGUCUGGACGGCUCUUCGCUUCGUCCUCCUCGGGAUACUUCAAACGCCGUCGCGGAAACCGCAGGCUUUUCUGAUCUCAAUUAGACCUUCCGCCACCGCCUGUGCCUGUGGACAGGCGGCGCUUUCCGCCCGCAGUCCGCCCCCUGCCCAAAAGCCCCCGGGUCGGCCCAGCCUGCGCGCCAGGAGAGACCCUGCUGGCCCGAUCCGGCUGCUGCCCAUCUCUUCACGUGCGCCUCCGAGCUCGCCUCCUCGAGCGAUCCCGCUCGGCUCCGCUUCUUAGUCACCUUUCCCGUCAGCAGAGCUGCCUGCCUGACCUCUUUCCAUUUAAAAGCGAGUGUGCCCGUGGCUCGCUUCCUCCAGGAGCAACCAGCCUCCAUCACAGCAUCUUCCUCCCGCACCGUCGCAUGCCAGAGGCCCGCAGGUGAGAAGAGGACGCCCAGCGGUAUUCUCCCUCUCCCCGAAGCCCUCCGUAGCCCACCCCCCCGCGAUGAUGAGGACCCGCUUUCCCGGCUCGCUGCUCUGCCUGCUGGCGUGGCUGCUGUGCUCCCAUACUCCUGCCCCGUCUGAGGCACAGUCAGUGCUGACCGACCAUGAAAUCGAGGAGUUCUUGAAGGGCUUCCUAGGAGAGGUUGACGAGGAGGAUGCAGACGGGCAGGAGGCUGAGAAAGUGGCCUUGGGUGAGGAGCUUCCUGGAAGGCAAGGGCGGCUGGACCCCGUGGAAAAGGAGAGCACCCCUGUGGAAGUGGACGAAGGAGCGCAACAAAAAGGGAAAGAGAAGCCCAGGAAAGGAAAAAAGGAGAAAACGCCCAAACCAACCAAGAAGCCUAAGGAACGACCACCCAAGGACCCCAAGAAGCAAAAGCCCCCCAAGCCCACGAAAAAGCCAAAGGAGAAACGGCCAAAGGCAACCAAGAAGCCAAAGGUGAAAUCUCCCAAAGCCACCAAAAAACCAUCAGGUGGAAAGAAAACAGAGAGACCGCCUCCCCCCAUCCAACCUUAUGAAGAAGAGGAGAGGUACCACUUUCCAGAAAGGCCAUUGGAGCCACCCCCUGCCAGAGAGGAAGAUGGCUAUGGGGUACCCGACUCAUCCCGAUUUGACUCUCCCUAUGGGGGAGAGGAUGAGCGGUCCAGAGUAAACGAGGAAGGAGGCGUAUCUCUGUUCCCAGAGGAGCCGCUGGAACCCAGAUGGGAUGAAAAACACAGCCCAACAAGGCAUCAGACUGACAUCUAUGAAUCCCCAACAGAGCCACGGGAGCCCAGAAAAGAAGAUGGAAGCCACAAAAGCCAGCCAGAGACCCCUGAAGAGGUGGAGCCGCCUACGAUGGAUUACAACGAUCAGAUUGAGCGGGAGGACUACGAGGACUUUGACUACAUGAGACGCCGGGACAAACCCAAGAAACCACCAAGCAGGAAGAAACCUGAGAGACCCAGCCUGGAGACUGAGAAGCCAAAGAUCCCUGAGGAACCACCAACUCCACCCUUUGAAAGCCAUUAUGAAGAAGGGAUCGAUCUUCCAGAUUAUGGGGAUCAGGACUACGGGCUGCUUCCUGAGAAGCCCCAAAUCUUCCCCAGCAAACAAGAUGAAGAUGAGAUGGAAACGGAUGAAGAGAAGUCCAAACAAAGGGAGCCUAAGAAAGGGGUCGGAAGUAGUAAGGAGGACGAGGAUGGUGAGACGGAUGAAGACAAAUGGACAGAGAAAAGCAAGGAGCGGAAAGGAAAGCCAAAGAAAGGCAAAAAACCAGAAACAGAUGAGGAUGAAUGGACUCCAGAAGAAAGAAUAAAAUGCCCUCCCAUUGGGAUGGAAUCCCACCGAAUCGAGGAUGACCAAAUUUUAGCUUCCUCCAUGCUGCGGCAUGGCUUGGGAGCCCAGCGUGGACGCCUCAACAUGCAGGCUGGGGCCAAUGAGGAUGACUACUUUGACGGCGCUUGGUGUGCAGAAGAUGACAGCCGCAUCCAGUGGAUCCAGGUGGACACCAGGAGAACCACCAAGUUCACGGGAGUCAUCAUGCAGGGCCGCGAUUCUGUCAUUCACGAAGACUUCGUCACCACCUUCUAUGUGGGCUUCAGCAAUGACAGCCAGAACUGGCACAUGUACAGCAACGGCUAUGAGGAAAUGCUGUUUUAUGGAAACGUCGACAAGGACACGCCUGUGAUGACUGAAUUUCCUGAGCCAAAGGUCGCCCGCUUCAUUCGCAUCUACCCACUGACCUGGAAUGGAAGCCUUUGUAUGAGGCUGGAAGUCCUGGGUUGUCCUCUCUCCAGCAUCAACAACUAUUACACCCUGCAGAAUGAAGUGAUGACAUCUGUGGACAACCUCGACUUCCGCCAUCACAACUACAAAGAUAUGAGACAGCUAAUGAAAGUGGUGAAUGAAGAAUGUCCUACCAUCACCCGCAUCUACAACAUCGGCAAGAGCUCCAAAGGACUUAAGAUCUAUGCCAUGGAGAUCACUGAUAAUCCAGGAGAGCAUGAACUGGGAGAGCCAGAGUUCCGCUAUACUGCAGGCAUCCAUGGCAAUGAGGUGCUGGGACGUGAGCUGUUGCUAAUGCUGAUGCAGUUUAUGUGCAAGGAAUAUAAGGACGGGAACCCACGCGUGCGAAACCUGGUGACCGAGACCCGCAUUCACCUUGUCCCUUCUCUCAACCCUGAUGGCUAUGAGGUUGCCAGUCAGAUGGGCUCUGAGCUAGGAAACUGGGCCCUGGGACACUGGAACGAGGAAGGGUAUGAUAUCUUUGAGAACUUUCCCGAUCUCAACAGCAUCCUCUGGACGGCAGAAGAGAGAAAAUUGGUACCACACAAAGUCCCCAACCACCAUAUUCCCAUUCCUGAGCAUUACCUUGCAGAGGAUGCUGCAGUAGCAGUGGAGGUCAGAGCCAUCCUAGCCUGGAUGGAAAAGAUCCCAUUUGUUCUGGGUGCCAACUUCCAAGGUGGGGAGAAACUCAUCUCCUACCCCUUUGACAUGGCACGCCCUGUCAACGAGAACGAGGUGGCACCACGGAACCCAGAGGACUACGAAGAGGAGAACCCAGAAAUCCAAGAGACUCCAGACCACGCCAUCUUCCGCUGGCUGGCCAUUUCCUAUGCCUCAGCCCACCUGACCAUGACUGACACCUUCCGGGGUGGCUGCCACUACCAAGACAUGACCAGUGGGAUGGGGAUCGUCAGUGGUGCCAAGUGGCGCCCCCGUGUUGGCACCAUGAAUGAUUUCAGCUACCUCCACACCAACUGUCUGGAGCUUUCCAUCUACCCAGGGUGCGACAAGUUUCCCCAUGAAAGUGAAUUGCCGCAGGAGUGGGAGAACAACAAAGAAUCAUUGCUCACAUUCAUGGAGCAAAUCCAUCGGGGCAUUAAGGGUGUGGUGACAGACACACAGGGAGACCCCAUUGCAAAUGCCACCAUUUCUGUUGUGGGGCUCAAGCGUGAUGUGCAAACAGCCAGCGGUGGAGAUUAUUGGCGCAUCCUGAACCCAGGCGAAUACCGGGUCACAGCCAGGGCUGAGGGGUAUAACCCCAGCGUCAAAACAUGCAACGUCUUCUACGACAUCGGAGCCACCCAGUGCAACUUCAUCUUGUCGCGGUCCAACUGGAAACGCAUCCGAGAGAUCAUGGCCAUGAAUGGGCACCGGCCCAUUGGCAUGCCCUUAGCUGGUCGGCCCAUGACCCCCAGGGAGCGGAUGCGCUGGAGGCUGCGGAUGCGCCACAGAGCUCGCCUGCGACAACAGAUGCGCAACCGGCUACGGAAAGCCACGAGCCCCGCUCCCACAACUGCCCCCACCACAGAGUUCCCCUUUUCCUUCAGCAGCACCACUCUCCUGCCGUGGAGCCAAGAGCCCCCCACAGCUGGAACAGAUGCCACCUGGGAAACCGAGGCCUACACGGAGACAGUAACUGAGUGGGAAAUGACGACUGAGGAGACUGCCAUGGAGGACAAGACUGGGGAGGAGACCACAGGCACGCCGUUUCCCAUGACCACCGCAGAGGUUUACACGGUCAACUUCGGCGAUUAGCCUCUGCUGACCAGUUUGCUGUGACUCUGGGCCAGGAACACUUAAGACGCUCCCAAAAGCUUGUCUUGCCUGUCCUGAAGCAGGUGCUGAUAUCCAUUUGUCAUAGUACAGUAGGAACCAUCACCUGCUUUUGGAAUGCACCAAGAAAUCUGUUGCUUUGAGCAGGCUCCCACAGCUACAGCAUGUACACAGUUGCUUUCUCCCCCCACCCCACCCCACCCCCUGCCUCCACAUCUCGGCUGUAACAACUCAGCUUUCUUGCUCCAAUCUUGCAAGCCACCUGAAGCCUAUGAAAUGGGAGGGUGUGGGAAGCAAGGCUGCCUGAGAGCAUCAACUUGAUUUGGAAACAGAAAGCAGGCUGAAAUCACAAUCCCCUACCAUGGCUAAGUCCAUAUUGCAUUGUUCUCCACGGAUCUUACAGGACUCCUGAGUGGAUGGCUUAGGGCUGGAGCACGGGGCUGCACACCUGGACAAUAUCCAGGGAUCAAGAACUCCGUGCCUCCCUCCUGAGGGCAUCAGGAUAACCAAACAUGUUAUGCAGCAGCACAGUCAUACCCUUGGGCCACAGGCUAGUACAAUUAUAGAAAUAUGUCCCUUGAAAAUUGAUCGAAUGUAAAUGCCUACAUGUGCUGGAUUUUUACUUAUUGAAGUGGAGCAUGCAGAAGAUUUUAUUCCGGUUAAGUGCUUGACAGAAUUCUUAGAAUAUUUGGAUCUCAGAUGGCAAUAGAUACCCUUGGGGCAGGGGGAAUUUAGGAAAGGACCCAGCUCUCUACUACAUCAAUUUUCAUCACGCUUGUCUACUGAAAGUGCCAGCAAAGCUUAUGUUUCUAAAAACCUUAUCAUAGAGCAGCCUCUUUUCAGUGUUUUAUUUCCACACUAUUGUGGACUAGAAGCUUGAUAUGUGAUUCUGAGUAUCACUUGGAAACCUAAGAGCUACCAGAUCCUUCAUUCAAAAGUACAUUCUCUCUCUCAUACCAUUAUUCCAGAUUCUAACCCAGAGUGCUGAAGUUCUGCCAUAACUGAAGCUGCCACCUCUAGUAGCCAAGAGAGGAGGGAUUUUCCAGCUUCGGUACUUCAAGGCAAUGCUCAGGCCACAGCUGCCCAGGAGGCAGGUCAAGUGCAACCUUGAGCCCUUCUAACAGUUACUGUUAUUUGAAUAAAGUGAGUUAUAAAUAUAUAUAUAUAUAAACAAAA